AUGAAGAAGAUCGAGAAAAACAAAGAAACGUUGCUUAAUGAGGCUUACAAGUGGAUCUUCGACUCGAAGGCGUACCAAGCAUUCACGAAUUGGAGCAAUACUGGCUCUACGCUACUGCCGUCGUGUCGACUGUUGUGGAUUAAGGGUCACGCCGGUACAGGGAAGACAAUGCUCUUAAUGGGCAUCAUUCGUGAACUCUCAAGCCACUCCGCCACGCUUGCACCCAAAGUCUCUCACUUUUUCUGUCAAGGCACAGUCAAGGCUUUGAACAGUUCAACAGCCACCUUGAGAUCUCUGAUCUGGUUGCUCCUUGUACAGCAGCCGCAUCUCAUCUCUCACCUGCGUUUAACGCACGGGAAUGCGGGUGUUUCCCUUUUCGAAGGCGACUGUGCAUUCAUUUAUCGAUCUGAUGCUUUUGAGAUGUAUUUCGUGGUCGAUGCCCUUGACGAGUGUCAGCAGGACCUAAACAAUCUCAAGAAGCUUAUUUUGACUUCCCUUACCAUCUCUGAUAGAGUGAAGUGGCUGGUCUCGAGCCGUCUAACGGUCAAGCUUAAGACUCCAGAAACGGAAGCGCACGUUAAAGCGAAAGUCUGUAAACGAGCCGAGAAUACUUUUCUUUGGGUGGCUCUCGUGUUUAAGGAACCUGACAUGGAGGAUGAAAAUCAGAUUCUCUUGCAUGGAUCGUAUGCUCUCAACAUCGUCAAGGAGACCCCUUCUAGUUUAUCGAAGCUAUACGAUGACUUAAUGGGUAGGAUCGAAAAGGGGAAGAUGCUGGAUCCGCAAUAUUGCAAAAAUAUCCUGUUGGCUGCUAUUCUUGCAGUCCGUCCUCUCACCCUCCCUGAGCUUGAGGUGCUCGCUCAGCUACCAAAGAAUAUGGACCCACGAACGAUGGUAAUCAGGGGUUUCGUAGCGGAAGGGUGUGGCUCUAGCGUCCUAGAGAGCAUGUAUCGUACCGGUGUCGGCGAUAUCCGGUUCCCUUGGCUCUGGGUUUCCUGUCCUCCAAAAACGGACACCACAUCCUCCAUUUUUGGAGGCAUUGAAACCCCGGGGAAGAGCUUAACGGGAUCGUGA